AUGACCUUUGAUAAUAUUAUUCAUAAGUCCCCUUUAAAUUCUGAUAUUCCUUCUAAACUUCAUUCUGUUGCGUCUGGAAACUCAAAGGAAAACAAUCAAACACUUUCUUUAGUAUUCAUAGAUGAUGACAAAAGUAUAGAUAAAGAUAUAGUUGAAGAUUGUUCACCUAUUUUGAGUAAAGAUAAAUUACUAAAUGGAAGAGAAUUCUUUGAUAUUGAAGAUUUAAAUUAUGCUUUACCAUCUGAUAAGUUGGAGGCUGACAGAGGAUUUCUGUCGCAUGUAUUAAAUAAGCAUGUAUGGAAAGGUAAUUUUCAUUCUCCAAUUGCGGAAAGGUUGAAAAAUGGUGGCACUAAAGUACUUGAUAUUGGAUGUAGUUCUGGUAAUUGGAUAAUUGAUAUGGCAUUAGAAUAUCCAUCUUCAACAUUUAUAGGAAUUGAUGUAGAUUCUUCCUUUUUUCCGUCGAAUGAUAAAUGUCCUCCAAAC